AUGUUGACAUUACAGAGAACUUUUGUACGUAGUACAAUUCCGUAUUCGAUUGGAUCGAUGAGGUUCAAUUCGUCGAUUCCAGGCACAUCGGCGAAGCAGAGUCCAUUUAAGAUUUCUACCACCUUGAUCAAGGAUUCCGACAGGGAAAAGCACGAUGAUAAACAGUUCAUUACUCAUCCAUUGUUCCCACAUCCAGAGUUUAAUGGAGAAGAAUGCGAGAGGGUACGGGUGGAGCAUAGAGAACCACAAUCUCGCGGGGACAGGAUUGCAUUUAAAGGAAUCCAGCUUGUUAGAGGAUCAUUUGACUUUGUGACAGGAUACAAAAAGCCUGCCAACGAACAGGAUAUACAGGAUGGAUUCAAGGGUACUAGGUACGAGAUGACGGAACCUAAGUGGUUGACCAGAUGCAUAUUCUUGGAAAGUAUUGCUGGGGUUCCAGGAAUGGUUGCAGCAUUCAUUAGACACUUGCACUCGCUCCGUCUUUUGAGAAGAGACAAAGCAUGGAUUGAAACGUUGUUGGAUGAGGCCUACAAUGAAAGAAUGCAUUUGUUGACAUUUAUCAAGCUUGGUAGACCAUCGUGGUUUACCAGACUGAUCAUCUAUAUCGGCCAGGGGGUAUUUUGCAAUUUAUUCUUCAUGUGCUACUUGAUCAACCCAAAAUACUGCCAUAGGUUCGUUGGUUACUUGGAAGAAGAAGCAGUUAGUACGUAUACCCAUUUGUUAGAAGAAUUAAAGAUGGGUAAGUUGAAGGAGUUUGACAAUAUUCAGAUCCCAGCCAUUAGUUGGCAAUACUGGCCUGAAUUGGAUGAAAAGUCUUCUUUUACUGACUUAAUUUUGAGAAUUAGGGCCGACGAAGCCAAACACAGGGAAGUCAACCAUACCUUAGCCAACUUAAACCAGAAGAGCGACAGAAACCCAUUUGCAUUAGAAAUUAAGGGUACCGAUAAGAAGCAACCAACCAAUGGCUUAGAAACUCACAAAGGUACUGGCUGGGACCGUGAUGAUUUAAUACUUUAA